UUUGACCUUUGUCACAGGAAACACACUGUUUACCCCCCCCCCCCCCCGAGCGCCUCAUUCCCCACAUUCAAUACAACCAAGGCUGCUUUUCAUUUGUUACCACGUGGUUUUGCGUUUGAAAGAUUCAAUAAAAGCCAGCGAGAAGAGAUGUUCGCCUAUAUUUCCCAGAAUCCACCCAUCACCCCCCCCCCCAAUUUGCUUUUAACACCCACUCCUCUAUAAACCAACACAAUUGCUUCCCUCUUGCAUAUUUGCUGUAUUAGUUUUAAUUUGCUAUACAUGAUAUAAAAUAUGAAUUUGAGCAUUUUGUCUCCUGCAGGAUUCUGGAAAUUUACAAAUUUGUCACAAUCAGGAUUAAUCUUAUUUUAUAUUUUGACCUACUUUGAAAUAAGGCAGGUAUCGGAUCAACACACAUGCUAGUUUAUACAUUUUAUAAAAUAUCAUUCUGGCAAGAAAAUGCUGAUAUUACUUCAUGGACAAGUUUCUGAAUCAUUUCUUUUACUUCUAACGACCUUUCAAUGUAAUCCAAAGUAGCCAUAAUCUUUCAAAAACAGGGAGAUAUUCUAAUAAAAUACAAAAAUACUGUCGAUUAAUCCCGAUGAUUUUAGCUACCAGUUAUUAUUCUGGAAGCUGUUUAGAAUUAGUUGCGUCUCAAACAUGAUUUCUAGCGGCUUCCACUUAAUCCUAGCGGGUGAAAUAGACAAUUAUCGGAUAAAUCUCACUGAGCGCUGUCAUCCAUAUCCUGUUGUGUCUUCGAAUGUUUAGAAGGUCAAUCCUUCCAGUCACGGCUGUUUUUUUCCCUCGCUGCCACGUGCGCAUUUUGUCAGCUUCGUAUCUGCGCUUGUCUGCUUUCUCACGCGAGGAAUGAGUGGCGUUAACGUGCUCACAUCCUUUGCUCGGGCCAAACAAGAUGUUCGGCUGAAGGCAGGGCGAGGCUGGAGGAAGAGCCGCGGGGCAAAUCCUGACUUUCUGGCUGGUUAUCAGCACGCGUGUGACGCUUGAUUGAUUCAUAACCUCUGAGUAAGCAUGCGUGACGAAGGGGCGAUAGGAUACUGGUGAAUGAUGCAUUCGAUAAAUAUGAAUAACACUUUGCAGCAUGUUCGCGUGAGAAGAUAAUUGCAUUUUGUGUUGCGUAUUUUUACUUAUUUUCUUUGUAGUGCUCGGUGUGCUUUUUGAAUUUUGAAUUUUUCCCCAAAGGUAUUAUUUGUAGCAGACUGAUACUAGUUCUUAAAUCUCGAGUAGUCAACAAUACCAAGUACGGGUAACACUAGUACUUUUGAUACAUAAAAUUUCCCCCAUGACCAAUAACUUUAAAGAAAGACCCGUAUAUCCCAUAUUUUGGUAAUUGGUCUCAGCUUUUUAUUUUUUUUAUUUUUUAUAUACAAUUUUUCAAAAUUGCCUUUCAAUUUUGACAUUGAAAGUCCAGUGAGAGUUGUCUUUUAUUUUCCCAGGCUCCAGAGCAAUUCCAAUUUUGGGGCAAAUGGAUAUUUCAUUACUGAAAACGCUUGUCGAAUGUGUGCGUCUUGGACAUGCCGUGCUCAGGGCGAAGGUGCAGUUUGUUUACGCAACCAUCAGACAGGUGCAUGUGCUGUCUGUCUGUCUGUCUGUCUGUCAGUCUUCCUUGCGGGGGAUGGCGCGUGCAUAGUGCAUCUCCUGUCAAGUGUAAGAUUACAGUUGCUAACACGCAGCGUGAUGCGUUCAAUGUGCUCGGGCAUGUUCCUCUGUUGACAAACUCGGAAAUGCCUUGGAAACAUAAUGAUAUUUCCCGUCAAUCGUUGCCGUUAGCCCUUUGUGGUUCACAAGGUCAUCGAGUUUUUUCGGAGAAAUCUGUAUUUUGUAUUGUAAUCUUUACAGGUGAUCCCUAAAUAAGAAAUACAAUGGUUAUAAAAAGUCUACACACCCUGUUCAAUUGUCACUUCAGGUGCCAACUGAUAAAACAAAAUAAGUUUUUUUUCCCUUUCAAUCUCGAGUCCAAUGUUUUUCAGCCGGAGUUUUGCUGCUAAUCAAAUUGAGCGUUGUAAGUUACAGGUCAGUCCGUGCCAGUGGUCGAGUGGCAAGAGCCGCUCUUUGACACAAGCGUCAAAUCUGAGUUGGAUGUCUUCAUCAGCGGGUUGGUUCCUCUUUGCACAUUUACAGCGAGAGGAUUCGCGGCCUCUAAUGAGCUUAAGGCCACAUCGGGAUGCUGCGCGGGCUUCACAAAGGAGGAAAAGCGGCGCUCAUGUUUAAGCAGCCCCCGCCGGGGUCAAGAAUGUAGCUGGCUGGCGAGGGAACAACAUUCCUGACACAGGCGACGUCCCCUCCCUCCUUUUGAAGUGGGAAGCGUGGGGAUGUCAGAAUCACAGCAUCGCCGCUUUGGGUCCCAGACUGGCCUAAACCUGGAGGGUCAGCCCCUCAGUUUACUUUCUCAGAGAUGGCGGGCCCAGGCCAAAGCAACUGAAUCUGUGAGGCUUAAACUGUUGGGGAGGUGGCACAAAAGGAGGGUCAGCCCUCUCUUGUCUGUGUCUGUUUGUUAAUGACACAAUGCGCACACACACACACACACACACACACACACACACACACACACUACUAUAGUUGACCUGUAACCAAUCUGAUUACAAUAACUCAACUUUUCCAAGUUUAGUAUUUAACUUGAGCCUUAACAUUAAUUUUUCUAGAUUGCGGAAUCAAACAAAUUUUUUGGUUUUACAGUCAAGCCCACUUGUCUUAGUCUAUAGUUGCAUAAUUGAUAAAAGUAGUUGUUGAUUUUUAUUUUUUAGAGUGAAAUUAAAUUAGUUUGUUCAGAACUUAAAAGAAGUUUACUCGGAAUAUUUCAUUUUUGAUUAUGCUUAUGUAAAGACACUGAUUUAGUUAGUUCUCACAGUCAUCAGUGUCAUCAUUCAACAAAGUUAAAAUCAUACAAAUGUCUGUUUUUAACCUUGUUAAAUAAUUGCCAUGGUCAAUUAUUACAAAGCAUUACAAUAAAUCUUACAAGUAUUUACUUUUUAAAUGAUCAUUUCCAACAUUCAUAGUAAUGUCCCGUUUUGAUGAGGCAUUGUUAGAACAACUCAAUCUUUGGAUUCCUGCUUUACCAUGUCAUUAAUCCCCACUCCAAAUUGCAAAUAUUUUCUGUUAUAAUAUAUUUGAAAUAAAUAAAUAUGUUUUUAACAAUAAAUAAAUAAUAAUAAUAAAUUACAAGAGACUAUAAAACAAUAAUGUUCAUUUUAUAGAACCUGUAGUAGAGCUAUUUGACUUUUAAUCUUUCUGUUUAUGCUUGUGGCUUUCCACAAUAUAUGAUUCCUAAAUAUAUACAGAGAAGACCCAUUUAAUUCUUACAAACGCCCACCUUGUUUGUAUAGUUUGAAAGUAUCUAAAAGAACAAAAAAAAGAACAACCAAAACAAGAAUUAAAUAUAUUUUUGCCUCAUUUAGACCAUGCCAGUUAACUGUAUAAUGUAAUUACCAUUGAGUGCUAAUUUUAUUACAUCUUUAAACAAAAAACACUUGUAUCUUUUUUUAAUUGUAAUCCCUCCAUAUACCAAAAGAAGUAUUGUUUUACUUCUACAUUUAAAAGCUAAUUCCGACAAUCUCCCCUUACAACUUUCACCUCAAGUGCUUAUUAAAGCACAAUUUGUGUAAUAAAUUCCUCUCCUAAUAAAAAUACGCCCAUCAAUUUGCACUGUUCCUCUUACGGAGAAGUCUGAUAAAGCAAUAAACGGGCCGCUUGGGGUUGUGAAUGUGUGCAGUGGCGUGGAGGGGAGUAAUUUAUAGCUUCAUAUUAAUUUAGCACACACACACACACACCGUGCACGCAGUGGGAGGCAGCAGUGGACAUUUAGGAGGGCCAAAUCUUUGUGCAGAACACUUGAAGUUUCAAAAACAAGGCCAAUUGAAGCGGGCCCACUCAAAGGCGGCGCCAUUGUGCGACAACACAUAGAGUUUGGAUUGGGGACAAUAGUGUUUCUCAAAUUUCCCGCAAAAAGAAAGCCAUCCUCCAUCUGUGAUCUCAAUGAGCGUCUAUUCACAGCUCUGCCGCAGAAAGGGAAGCAGAUGUGGAGGGACACAGAAGCUGCAGAGAGAGCGUGCGCGCGCGUGUCUUUGUGCCCGCGCCUUUUAAUUGGUUACACACACACUGCAGUUAUGCACCCUCACUGAAGGCAGAGCUGCAGAGUCCAAUAAUCUGGCCGUGUUGAUGAAUACUUGUAGCCCAUUCAUUAAACAAAGAUAAUCCCUGCCAACCAUAGCUCCAAGGCACAAAAACGCCAUUGUGUGUUUGUGUGCGUGCGUGCGUGCGCGACCAGCAAUUCGUAGAGCUUUCAAAAUAUUUAAAAUAUUCAUAUGCCAUGCAUGGGCACGAAUUAACUCUACCAUAAAUUCUUCCAAUUAUGCAUUUUCUUGUAUUUGUUACCCUAUUUUUCCCCCGCGUGAAACAAUUUCCCUUGCUAUCAAUUUAUCCGCACACUGUAUCUUUUUUCCAUUAUUACUUUCUUCAAUAUUUUGAUUAUAUGUUUAAAUAUCCCAACAUUUAAUUGAAGAUUGAAUUGAAUUUCAGAGUUUGAAAAUUAACCACAGUUUUCUCAUUAAGCUGUUUUUUUUUUAAUGGCUAACAAAGUACGGCUACUUCGUCAUUGUUUUUUUUUUUUUCCCUGAAACCUUUUUCUUUUAUUCCUCGUCGAAUAUAGGCUCGUUACUUUGUUCGACCUUUGCGGGUGAUUUAAACAAAGACGUUAAGUACAAAGCGCACCUAAUACUUUAACCACCUCAAGUAACAACACAAAAGUAAGCUUCUUUUCUCUGCAAGUGCUACUUUAACGUGCGGCUGACGGUCGGUCGGUCGGGCGGCCGGCAGCCACGGCGUGACAGGGGGAAGCCAGCCCGGUCGGGGUGCAGGCAAGCUGGGCUGGCGUCAGCGGGACAGACCGCGGCCGCUCAUCGGGGGUGCGGGGCAGCGGAAACAUGCUGCUACAUAUGUCGGGUCAAGCAUGGGCCUUUUGUUGUCCCCUUAAAAAGGUGUUAAAAACUACUCAUCUGGAGCCUCACUCAAUGAAAUGAAAGCCCGGGCGCGCUUUGGUGGCUGCAUGGGUCUAAUGAAGCGCUUCAAAGACCAUUGGUGGUGCUCGGUCACUUUUAAUGCGCGGGGGGCAUUUUUAAUUGGCCUGCUGGAAGAAUGAACGGCGUAAUCCCUAUCAUAAUGCAUUUUUUUAAAGAUACUCAUCAAAAGCUUGUACGUCUUGAACCGCUCCCUGAUGAGUUCCGCCGAACGUGUGCUACACCUGCACCAUCUAUUGCGGUGUUUACCAACACUUUUUUCCUUUUAUGUAUUUAUUUGUUUAUUUAUUUAACAUUAAGGAAAAAAAUUCCACCAAAAGUGUUGUUUCUCAUAUUUUCAAUUUGCAGAAAUUAUGAUCGCACAUUUUUUUUUUUUUUUUUUUUUGUAGUCCGCGAAUGCGUAUCCGUGAAUGUACGGGGGUCCGCUGCAUACGCAUGCCUUUACAGUGUUAGAAUUAUAUUCCUUACCGGUCUAAGUAUCGUUGUGAUAUAAAAAAAAAUUUGGAAGCUGCACAAGUUGAUCGUCGUUAAUUUCCUCUUCAGGAGGCGCAUUUAAACGCAUGCUAAUUAAUGAACAAUUUUUCCUCUUCUUGAUGCAUAUGUUUGAACUUUAAAGUUUAUUUUUUCUAUGAAGGUGUAUGUGCAAAAAUGAAUCAAAACGAUACAUAAAUUAUGGGUUGCGUAAUUGGAAAGUGGUUGAAGUCUUAAAGUGUCAGAGCAGGUGUAGCAUGCAUGGACAACGCGACCAUGUUCACUUGUUCUAAACUCAAGAUGUUACUAUUUGAAGUGAGAAAAACUCUAAAGUAGCCAUUUUGAACAAAAAAAAAUCAUACAUUGAUUGGACAGUGGUUGUGGCUUAUAAAAAUGACAAACCCGCAUUAGCAUUUAUAUUUUUUGCAGCGUGGCUCUAAUUUCUGCUGCUGUACCUAAUGAUAUGACCAGUGUGUGUAGAGUGAAUGCAAGCACAAGUUAUUUGACUUUUUUUUUUUAGACUUUUUUUAUAACAGGAACAAAAUAUUUGCCUAUACCGCUAAAAUUCUGUCAAAUAUUGGCCCCUAUUAAUGAAGUGCGCAGGUGUUCCUAAUAAUGUGACCUGCGUUCCACUCGUAAAAAUUGUAACAGCACCAUGAAGUCUAUACGGGGAAAAAAUAGUACAUGCAGGUUGUUUUUAUUUUCAAAGGCAUCAAGUCGUCUCAUUCCCGUCAUGCAGCAGCGGUCCGGGCACAUAAUUACUUUGAAUGUCAAAAAGAUGUCGUUUUAAUAUCGUCUCCAUUAGCCUGUUGGCUGGGUAAUUAAGGUGCAGAUGAGGAAACAGAUGGCAUUUGCUUACAGUGAUUCACGGAGUAAACAAAGAGGAGGAUGGAUGGAUGGAAGGAGGGAGGGAGGGAGGAUCGAGGGAGGGAGGCCGUUUUCUUCUUCAUCUGCACCUCCUCGGUGUUGUUCACUUGUAGUCAUCAACACACGCUUCUUCAUUUUGGUGCGUCAAUGCGUGAGGGAGUGAGCAGGUGUUUGUGUUAAUAUUUUUUUUAAUUCUAUUUUACUGUAUACCUGUCUGACUCCAAGAAACACUUAAAAUGUAUGGUUAUUCAUGAGGGUAUUUAUACAACAGCGAUACCAAUAAUAAUACUGAGAAAAAUCAGAAUCAUUAUUAUAACAAUCAGUCAUGCUAUUUUUCCCCUCUGAAAAAUUAAGCAUGUUAACUGCAUGAAUGAAACACACACACACACAUAUAUAUAUAUGGAUUCUUGUAAAAAUUAUUAUGAAUAUUAACUUAUUUCUAGUCUCAUAUAUAUAUAUAUAUAGACGCAUUUUUAUUCAUCUACUUACAUUACGAUAAUAGUAUAAAAUUGAGUGACAUUUCGCCGGAACAAAAGCGGAAUAUAGUCAGUACUUUUUAAAUGACUAUAAAUAAGAAUGCACCAAAUAAUAAUAACACAAAUAAUAUAGGAUCAUGUAAAAACACCCAAUACAAAAAAGACAUGCAGAAUUGAUUCGAAAAAAAACAACCCUAACCUUAACAAAUUGCAAUAACUUUCCGAAUAUUUUGCCUUUAUUCGAAAUUAAUUAUGUAACGCCUGUACGGUCCCAAAAAUCCAUACGAAUGUUCAAUCUUCUAUCGCACUAAAUAAUUUUGAAUUAAUGACACAAUUUAAUAACGUAUUAGUUGAUUAACUAAUCAAAAAAAAAAAGAUGCUACUUACCACCUGACGGAUGACGGAAGCGUCAUCAUUAAUUAGGAGAACUAUAAAUAGCAACCCACACUUGUGAUAAGUACUAUCACUAAAAGUGACUCGAGUGAUAUAAGAUUUGAUGUCUUUUUUGGAAAACAGUCUGCAUCCAACUUGAGCUUUGUGGGAACUCCCUUCACAUUCUUAACACUUGAUAUCUUGGAGUUUGGGAGGGGGGGGGGGCGGAUAAAAAAAAUAAAAAGAGGAAGAAGAAGAACUCAGGUGGACACAGUUGAAAAAGGAAGGCAGCCAAUCAGAACGCCGCCUCCCUUUUUGGCCAAUGACAGGCGCCACAUUGUUGUCAAAUUGCUCUAAUGAAAACGUGAGCGCAACAAUAGUGAAGGGAGAGAGCGCUCUGUAGCCACUGACGCUCUCUGGAGGAAGUUAGUGUCUCACACGCACGUACACGCACGCGCUGGUCCCGGAGCUCCUCUUUUUCGGGGGGCGAUUUCAACGAUUAUCACUCGGUCGGUGCGGUAGAAGCGCUCCGCGGAAUCGCUCGCGCUCAUUCGUUCAGCCAGCAAUGGAUCUCAGAGCGGAGAUGCAGCCCGCCGUCUCCUCAUCGGCCUCGGUCUCCGCCGCUCAAGUGGCCGCGGUGGCUUCCAUCCCGGUGUCCAUGGCGAGCAGCCUCCUGCGCGGGCCGCCGCUCCUGUUGCGCGCCGCCGACAAGUACCCGCGCACGCCCAAGUGCGCGCGGUGCCGCAACCACGGCGUGGUGUCGGCCCUGAAAGGUCACAAGCGCUACUGCCGCUGGAAGGACUGCAUGUGCGCCAAGUGCACGUUGAUCGCCGAGAGACAGCGAGUCAUGGCGGCCCAGGUGGCGCUGCGCAGGCAGCAAGCGCAGGAAGAGAACGAAGCCCGGGAGCUGCAGCUGCUCUACGGCACCGCCGAGGGACUCGCCCUUGCAGCUGCCAACGGCAUCAUCCCACCCAGGCCGGGCUACGAGGUCUUUGCCACGGUGGGCAGCGACAACAGCAACUCCGCUGACUCGAGCGUGCAGAAAUUCGACUUGUUCCCAAAGGGCCAAGCAUCUGGCCCUUCCACGCCACAGCAGGCUGGCGGCACGCAGACGCCCGCAGAGAGCGACGCCCCGGGCCUCUCGUCUCCAGACGCUCGCCACGGAGGAGGCGGAGCUUACGGCUCCGAGAACGGAGACAGCGAGUCGUUCAUCCACUCGCCGGUGACCAAGCCUUCGAAAGACGGCGGCGAGACUCCCUGCAGGUCCGUCAGCUCCCUGUGCUCGGACUCCGGUUCCGAGACUGACAAGGACGAGCGGGAGCCUUCGCCGUCCCCGUCGCCGUCCUCCGCGGGCUCCAGGCAAAUGCACGCCCUGGACAUCCUUACCCGGGUGUUCCCCAGCCACAAGCGCAGCGUGCUAGAGCUUGUCCUGCAGGGCUGUGGCAAGGACGUGGUGCAGGCCAUCGAGCAGAUCCUCAACAACCCGACUCAGGGCAGCCAGCACAAGUCCGGCUCCGAGGAGACUUGGAGCGCGGAGAGGCUGCUGCAAAGCUCGCAGCCACCUCCUUCCACCUCCUCGUCCUCGUCUUCCUCGGCCCCAGCCCCGAUUCGACCCAUGCUCCCCGGUGCCAUGACGCUCAGCAACCGCUCGGCCUUCUCGCCCCUGCAGCCCAAUGCCCCCCACUUCGGCGCUGAGACGAGCGCUUACCCGCUAGGAACCCACCUGGGACUCAACCCGUUGCGGCUGGCCUACUCAGCGCAUAGCCGGGGCCUGGCCUUCAUGACCCCCUACUCUACCACGGGCCUCAUGCCCACCCUGGGCUUCAGACCCCCGAUGGACUAUGCCUUCAGCGACCUCAUCCGGGACAGGACGAUGUUGCACAAGGAGCAGGGCUACGCCGGAGGCCUGUACGGGCCUCUGGUCAACAACACGCCGGACAAACAGUGACCGCACACAUACACACACACGCACAGUAAACACAGUAAACACACAUGUUCCAUUGUAUUUGUGGCCACAAGUGUUUGAAUGUUGGCAAAAAAAAAAUGUGUUGUGUUUUUGGCUGCGGGCGACUGUAAAUAAAUCUGGCUUGUAGUCGAGAGACUCA